GUCGUAUUUUUGUCACGGGUCGGUGCUUAGUUCCAAUAACAGUCGCAGAAUCUGUUAUUCGUACGGUGUGGCUUUAAGAGGCGGAUGAUUUUAGAACGCUGAUAGACAGGAUACCCUACGUCAACAUGGGGUGUAUGAGGAGACUAUGCCUGACAUUCUGCCUGGUUGUGCCUGCCUUUUGUUUCGUCAUCCAAAAACGCUCGACUGAGGGCAACCGGCUUCAAGACGCCUUAGCGGUUCUACAGAGAGAACGCCGGCGUAUUCAAGAAGGAUACGGAGAUCAGAACCCGUAUGAUGUAUUCGAUUAUGGCAGUGAGCAAAUGAACGUGGAUGAUGACGUCCUCAGUAGAAUCCUGGAGUCAGGGGAUAAUGAUUACGAUGCGCAUGGACAAUGGGAUGAUGAUGUAAGGGCUGAGAGAUACUUCGAAAAUGCCAUUCAAAAGGAAAAUAGUGUCUCAAAAGCCGAAGAUGUCAAUCCGAGCGAGCUUGAAGAUAUCUUUGAUUCCAUUAAAGACACAAAGGAGAAUGUAAAAAGCACAGAAAUGGAACCUUCCAAAACAAAUGAAGAUAUCAAAGAAACUGAAGAAAUCGUUGAGGAUAAUACUGAAGAAAACGACAAAGAAGAUGCAUCCACGAACGAGGAGAGUCCAGUGAGUAAACAGGAACUUGAGGAUAUAUUUGGGGAAGAUGACAAAGUUGAAGAAUCAGAGGAAGAGGAUGGCAAAAUCACAACUAAAGAGGUCGUUAACAAGGAAUAUCUUAAUGAUUACUUGAAACCAGAUACAAGUGAAUCCAAGACAAAAGAAAAACGAUCACAGAAGGAUGCGUUAGAAGAGAAUGAUCUAAGUAAAGAAGAAUUAAAAACUCUCCUUAUCGCAAUGACCAUUAAAAGCGAACUCGAGGACAAAGAAAAUACACACUUAGCAAACGCUUUGAAUCUAGCAACAAAAUCACAGUUAGAAAACACCAAUCAGUACUUAGAUGAUGAGUUUGAGGAACUCUCCAAUGCAAUCGAAGCAGAAGAGAUGCUACAAGUCCUCGAAACGGGUAGAGUUCCCGACAGUACUAUCGGUUCAUCCGAACAACGAUCCGAAGAAGUCUUAAGUAAAAAAGCAUUAAUGCGUAAGCGAGAUGACACUCAACUUACUGAUACGGCGACCAGGCCAGGAGAAGAAGAUAUGACAUUAAGUAAUGAUGAAAUUCAAAGUCUUAUAGAUCUCUACGGUGGUGUUGAUCGAGAAGUGGAAGACACGAGUAACCAAUGGGAACAGGGUCCCGUGGAGGACCAAGAAGAUCUGGAUGAGGAUGCCGAGUACCAACUAAACCCAUUCCUUCGGCAACUAAUGCGACUGUAUGGACGGGAAGAACUAGAGACAGCCUUGAGAAAACCAAAACGAGGAUAUGAGAAUGAACAAAGGAUGAAUGACGAAGAAUCGGAAAUAGCUGGAGCUAUUGAUGAGCUUUUGAGGAGAGAUCCAGAGGGGGAAUUUGGUGAAUUUAAAGAGGAACAGUGCCCGGCUGUUGAUCACGUAAUCACCAACUGUAAGUUUAUUAGAAGCAUGGGGGUCGGCAUGGAUGGUGAAGCUCUGGAUCUUUGUAACAGGCACGAAGUAUGCUACGCAUGUGGCGAGAGUCUCGGACGUUCUAGUUUGGAUUGUGACGAGGGAUAUCUAACAGCAGCGGACGAACUCUGUACAACAGAAUCGUGCAGAGAUGACGCUGUAAAACUUUAUAUGCUGAUGAAGGACCUCCACCAGUUUAAUCCAGACAAAGUUGGACUUUGCCAGAAAUCUUGCGUGAGUGCAGACGUGUGGGUGCGAUAUAGUCUGCUUUUGCUGAUCAGUCUUCAUAUCCAGUUCAUCCAUUGUUCAUCUAUGUGUUCCACUGACUUUCUUCUCUGCGAUAUUAACAAACCAUAUUGUUGUGGGUGUAAUCGACUGUUCCAGGAUCCAUUCGAUGAUCAACUCAAGUACCCGUAUUCAGUCAUAGCCUACGGAGGAGACUGUGCAGAUGAGUGUUUGAUAAAUUUAGCCAAUAGUACGGCAGAGGUUGGCUCCUGUGAGAGAGACUAUUAUGAUGCGCUUGAUAGAAAUGCGCAGGGAACCCAUUCUUUUGGUGGUGAUAUUAUAUUUGAUAUCAACGUGAGUAAAGUUAAAGGACGGGCUGGUUCAACUGUUGGUGAGGUAGCAGAUGGGACUGCCACGCGUUAUAUGGUGAGGCUAGCCAGAGCGCUCCGAAUAAGUGAUGAGGCGAAGGGGUCUUUGAUUGGAGCUUUGUGUUACUAUGGCAACCUAUCUAUGCACUUUGAUUUGGAGGACUUCACUAAUGUCGACGAUUUGGUGAACGGUCUUUAUGGAAUGAAUCUCACUUUGCGGGAGAAAGCUAAGCCUCACAAAUCAUUCAAUUUCAUCCGAGAACACUAUUUCAACGAUACAAUAUAUGGAAGACGAAAGGAUAAUCGGAAUGUAGUAAUAGUUUUCGACGAUGGGUUUUAUACUCGCCAGGGUAACCCAAUGCGGGAUAUAAAGUUCCGAAAGUCUAUUGAACAGUUACAUAAAGUCGCAGAAGUAUUUGUUGUCGGUGUUAGGAAUGGAUUUCAAAGGAGUUCGUUGAUGGCAAUCAGGAAUUGGAAAAUGAUAGCAAGUGACCCGGAUGAAGAUCAUAUAAUUACAAUGUCUCUAGCUGAUUACAACGAUGGACGUAUUGGUGAAAUAGUACAUAGAACUCUACAAUUGCUACCAAAAACAAAACAAACAUAA